UUGUCGUCGCAUAGUGUUGCCUUGCGGUUUUCCACAAUUUACCGCUGCAAUUUUCGCGCUUUCUUCUGUUUGACGUUUCAUUCUUCUGGUUUUGUUAUUUUUAUAGCUGGUAGCGCGCAACAGUCGCGUACGACGACGCAUGUAUCCAACGGGCCAGACGGCAUACGCAUACUCCGCAUACAGAACGUCAAACAGCGACAUUGCGGCGAGGUGCAAUUGAGUGUGACACAUCUUGGUAAGCCAAGUUCGACGCUACGCGCUUACACUAGCCUCAUUGUGCUGCCAGGACGCACGCCUACAGCUGAGCAGACUCCACGUCCACAUACAAGUGACGACGCUGAUAAGACAAUCGAGGCGCUAAUACAGCCCGAGCAGGUCGAGGUGCCUGCAUGCAUUUUGGAGGGACCACAGGAUUGUACCGCUCUCAUAGGUGGAAGCGUUAAGCUAAGCGUCAGCUACGAGGCUGUACCGCGCGCACAAGUCAGCUGGUUCAAAGGGUGCCGUCCCAUUGUCGAGCAGCGUAACAUUUGUAUACGUAGCAGCGCUAAGCGUUCAACGCUUUUAAUCACCGACAUUGCGGCCGAUGAUAGCGGCAAAUAUACGGUGGAGAUUAUGAAUGCGUUUGGCAGCGAUGCGGCGGCCGCUUCGGUGGCGGUGGAAGGACCACCAGAUGCGCCCAGCGGCAAGCCAAGUAUCUCACAAGGUCCCGAUCGCAUUGCGGUGGCAUGGUGUGGCCCACCCUACGAUGGCGGUUGUAUGAUAACUGGUUUUAUCAUUGAAAUGCAACAGUUGCCUACUGCCGCACCGAAUGUUGAAUGUGACGAAUUGACUGAUGGCGAAAGCGGCGGUUGGCAUGAAAUCGCUACCGUUGUGGACUCAUUAGCGUACACCGUUAAGAAUUUGACACCGAACGCCACAUAUCGAUUUCGUGUGCGCGCCAAAAAUGUACACGGCUGCAGCGCACCCAGUUUGCCCAGUGACGCAGUUGAGUUGCAAGCUCAAGAAGUUUCAACUGAAGACUUCCACAGGCCGAUUAGCGUUAAGUCAGGUGGAGAUUUUAAAAAUCGCUUCGAAGUGCUCGAGGAGUUGGGCAAGGGGCGCUUCGGUGUCGUCUAUCGCGUACAGGAACGUGAGGAGCCACGACAAAUACUCGCCGCAAAAGUGAUUAAAUGCAUUAAAGCGCAAGAUCGUCAAAAAGUAUUGGAAGAGAUAUUGAUAAUGAAAUCAUUGCAACAUCCAAAGCUAUUGCAACUUGCUGCUUCUUUUGAAAGCCCACGCGAAAUCGUAAUGGUGAUGGAAUACAUCACUGGCGGUGAGCUAUUCGAACGCGUUGUAGCCGACGAUUUCACGCUCACCGAACGCGAUUGCAUACUCUUCCUGCGACAAGUGUGCGAAGGUGUCGCCUACAUGCACACCCAGUCGAUUGUACACUUGGACCUGAAACCAGAAAAUAUUAUGUGCCAUACACGCACCAGCCAUCAAAUUAAAAUAAUCGAUUUCGGUCUGGCACAGCGGCUGAAUAUGAAAACGCCAGUGCGCGUACUAUUUGGCACGCCAGAGUUCAUACCACCCGAGAUAAUUAGUUAUGAACCCAUCGGUUUUCAGUCGGAUAUGUGGAGCGUGGGCGUCAUUUGUUAUGUGCUCUUAUCUGGCUUAUCACCUUUCAUGGGGGACACAGAUGUGGACACUUUCUCGAAUAUAACACGCGCCGAUUACGAUUUCGAUGAUGAAGCUUUCGAUUGUGUAUCACAAGAGGCAAAGGACUUCAUUUCGAAUCUGUUGGUGCAUCGCAAAGAAGAUCGUUGGACAGCCAAACGAUGUUUGGAAUCGAUUUGGCUAACGCAGGAACAUGACGAAAAUCUCAGUAAUAAAAUCUGCACAGACAAACUAAAGAAAUUCAUAAUACGACGCAAGUGGCAGAAAACCGGAAAUGCUAUACGCGCUUUAGGCCGCAUGGCUACGCUCUCUGCUUCGCGUCGCAAUUCCGCCAUUUCCGGCGCUGGAAGUCUACCCAACAGUCCACGACCUUCCAUAUCCGGUCUACAUCACAUCUUUAAUCCGCAUAACGGCACGCACAUGGGUUCAUUGCAUGAAGAAGAUGACGACUUUAGCAUUGAGCUGCCAGCGCCAACCACGCUUGAGGCGCAGCGACGCAUACAAAAAACUCUGAAAGUGCGCGACAAAUCGCAAUGUAGCGAACGUAGUGAUUCCGGUUACAGCGAGUGCUCGAACUGCAGCGCAGGUGGAAAUUUGCCGUGCCACUGCGUUGGCUCGAUGACUGUGCCGGUGAUAGCACAGCAUAGCGCUGCGGAUGAACUGGCGGCAGCAAACGCAGAGACGCUGCUGUCGCUGGGCGUACCACACCAUGUACUCAAGUCGAAGUUGGAAGAAAUCGCACAGCAAACGGAAAUCGAAUGCAGUACGCGCAGUAGUCAGCGUGGGGAAGGAAGACACGUUGCCGAGGUUGAGUCGACGACAGACUUGGCGCUACCAUGUUUUGAUGAAAAACAUACAGAGACGCUAAGCGCAUUGGGGCAGCAGUUGCGACAAGCAAGUUUGAACACAGCAGCGCCAGCAAUGGAAGAGAGCGCAAUGGAAACGUACUUGCCAGCGCUGGGAACGGAUGCGGUCGUCGUGACAAUGACCGAAGCGCCACCACUGUCUGUGUCACCCACCUCCACCCCGCACGUUAAUGUGCUGGACACUACUGCAGUAUUAGCAUCGCCACCACACCGUGAACCCAUCAUGCGCUCCGACUUCACCAACACCGUUAAGAUGCGCAAGAAAUCGCUGGAGAAUAACGCACUGCGCGAAAAACCCAAGCAGCAGUCCAAACCGAUUUUCGAAGCAGCGGGAAAAGUUUCACAGUUGAAGAAUAAAUUUAACAACGCGUCUAGCGGCAGCAACAAUGCCAAGGCGGUGAAUUCGGGAAAGUUGGGAGCCACGCAAACAUCACCGGUGCCCAUCAGCGCGCGUGAACAUGGCAAGCAUGCUGCUAACAAACGCUUCGCCUACAAUAGCCAAACAAACGCAGCAACCGCCACAACGAAAUCAACGAACUCAAUAUUACAGCAACAAAAGCAACAACAACAACAGCAAAAACAGUGCACAUCCAUGCCCAGUUCGCCAUUGUAUGGGCGCGUAUCAGCGCCACUUCGGUUAAGCAGUCGCGUCCGUGAUGCGACCGAGCGCUUGGCGCAGCAGCAAACAGCCGCUACCAGCGCGCGACGCAUCGAGGCGCGGCGUUAGUCAACAACGACAACAGCAAAACUUGCAAAUGUAAAUACACAUAGCAGUAGUAGGUAGGGUAGUAGCGACAAUGCGUUAGCGGCAGCAGUAAUACGCGCUGGCGAAAGUCGUUUCCGCGCGCGCGCGUUUCUCUUAUAUCUUAAAUAGAGCCACGCGCACAGUAAAGGAACCAUCAAAAGCGCAUCUAGAAGCUUUAUAAAUAUUAGAUUAUACGCUGCGCGUCCCCUACCACCGCCGCGUUGUGCUCGAAGUUCUUCGAAUUCGCCAACUGGAUUGAUACAAAACUGAUAUUCUGUUAAUAACGUGUUGAUGUUGUUGUAUAGUAUUUUGUUACCCAACAAAUCUCGUAAAAGUUUUAUUAUUGUUUUUAAUAGCUUCCUUAUUUAACCUUAACCUACGAACACUCGAAUAAAUCUACAAAUCCAAAUAAAUAUGUAAUACAUACAAUACAUGCUUAUGAGUAUUAUCCAAUGAAAGUAAACGUGUGUGUUCGUGCGCAAACUAUCGCCCACAUCAAUGUGCGCAUGCGCGUUUCGGCGUACACUUUUUAUGUACACCUACAAAUGCUCACAGAUAAGCGAUGAUAAAACACUUUAAAAGCCGGCACACAUUGUACUACAACAUAUUUUUUGUUUGUUUUUGGAACCGGAUUGAACCCUUUUUUAAGCACUUCUAAAUGUUCGAAUACCUUGUGUUUGUAAGUAUGUAUUUGUUACUCUAUUGCAACCCAAAAAUACACAUACAUGCAUAUAUAUUUAUUUAAAAACUCUAUAAACAAUUCUAAGAAUAAUUGUUCUAACAUAAAUUGUAAUUAUGCAUUACUUAUCAUUACAUUGUUAAUUAUUAGAAAUUAAUUGUUUAAUACUACAAAAAUACAUACAUACACACAUUACAAGUAAAUACCUAAAUAAUUACAUAUAUAAAUAUUACGAUGUUCUUAAAUUUCUUAUUGUAUCAAGACGCUGAGUUGUUUGAAUAA